AUGGCGUCCACCCGUCCUGGGCAACACGACCGCAACGCGCCUACCUUCGACAAUUUAGCCAAAUUCUAUGUAUCUGUGGCCAUCAUUUGGACAUUUUCCCUGCUCGUCGGCUCCGCUUUUCUAAUUGUCAAUCGCCACGAACAAUGCAUUCGCAUUCGCAACCUGCUUCUCUCCCUGGGCGCGGUGUCAUGUCUCCAUGUCUACUGGAUUCUGUGCAUGGUCGCAUAUCCGAUGGGUGACAAGUACCCCUGUGCUGCGGAAUAUUGGAUCAUGAGCAUUUAUCUGCCUCUGGGAAUCGCUCUUUUCCAAGCAAACAGCAUGCAGCUCCUGAGUGUCUUUGGCAUCCAGGAGAAGCUGCUUCUCACCGCACAGCAGCCCUACAAACCCCAUUUCAUUGACAGUGCAAAAUCUCCUGGCCGCUACCUGUCUCGAUGGAGACAAUUGAAUCUCGUCCAGCGAACCGAAUUUGGUAUUUUGGCUGGGAUGGUGGUUCAACUGUUUCUGUCACUCUCUAUCUUCCUCACCUCCCGAAAAUUUCAAACCUUCGGCACAUUCUCCGAACAUGUAAGUCCUGGGGAAUGUCGGCGAGGUCCUGAAUGGAUUCCUUCGAUUCUCUGGCAAUUGUUCUGGUCUUGGAUAUUUUCGCCAUACAUUCUAUGGAGAAUUCGCAACAUCUAUGACAUACACCACUGGCGGCUUCAGAUCACUUGCUGCGUCAUCGCUGCUUUACCUGGUUCGCCCAUGUGGCUCGUCGCCCUAUACUCGCCAUCCCAAACCUGGGCAGAUAUAAACAGAUACUGGGUGCCGGCUCUCUGGUUCGCCCCCGGUAUUAUGACAAUGGAGGCCGUUACUAUCUUCCUUCCGUGUUAUGAGCUUGUCGUCUCCAUGAGGCAGAGGAAUCGUAUCCUCGGGAAACUCCAAGCAUGGUAUGAAAAGAAAGCAGACGACACGGACGAAUUGGAUUCAGAAACACCGCGAAGUCAAAGUGAAGUCAGCCGCCUGCCUGAAGUGUAUUCUCGAAAGGCCCUGGAAAGGUGCUUAGAAGACGACUCAAGCGCGCUUCUCCGAUUUGCCGCGGCCAAGGAAUUCAGCGGAGAGAAUAUCAUCUUCCUAAAUUACGUGCGCGACUGGAAGGCUGCCUGGGCGGAGAUCAAUGAACAAAAGCCGGUAUAUGAUUGGAAGCGCGAUCCUCUGCACCACCGGCUUCAUUUCUUCAAGAUCGCGGUUGAGAUAUAUGCAGCCUGUGUCGAUCUCAGAAUCGCGAAAUUUCCCAUCAACAUUGAAUCUCGGAUUUACUCGGAUCUAACGGAAAUGUUUGGUGAUGCUGUCCAGUUAAUCGGCCAAUCUGUGCCAGGGGGGGAUGGAAUACGAAUCUCCCCCGAAAGUUACAUGGUCCCUACACAUAGAAAGAAGUUUUCUACUGUGAUAACCUUGGAAGAAGACACUCACGCUCUGUGUCUGGAUGCCUAUCCUCAAGAGAGCCAGAGCAUUAUGCAUAUCGAGCCCCGUCUUCCACAUUCUGUUAUCGUUCCUCUGGAUUUCACAGCCUCUGCUUUCGACAAAGCCGAGAGGUCUGUCAAGAACCUGGUGUUCACAAAUACCUGGCCCAAGUUUAUUGAUUCUGAUUCUUCCGGCGACUUGUCAAUUUAUUCUAAGUAA